AUGGCUACGGAUAUUUCUUAUGCGGGACUCAGUGUGGAACAAUUGGAACUAAUACUACAAAUUGUACAAACAAACAAAGAAAUUGAACAAGCAACAGAAAAAUCAAAAGCACACGAUGUAGUCAUUGAAAAAGAAAAAACAGAACAGUUACGGCUUGCAAAUGAAAAAAGAAAAAGAGAAGAAGCCGAAGACAGAAAACGAAUGAAAAUAGAUCCUAAAGAAUGUAUUACAUUAAGUAGUGAAGUUUUGGAUUCAUUAAUACAUAAUGAUGGUUUUUACGAAUUAUGUGUAAAAGAAAAUCUUGAUUCGUUCGAUAUUACAAAUUUAUUAAAUAAUUAUAAUGAUGUUAAUGAAGAUAUGAUAAAUGUUAUUAAAAAUAAUUUUGAUCAUUUGAAAUCAAUUAAGAAUAUAUUAGAAGAUCAAAUUCAAAAUACACUUAAUCAAUUAUUAAUUGAUUUAUUUUCUCAAUAA